GAAUCUCUUCAGGAGACACCGAGACCACACCCUGACACCGAUCGCCCACAUUGAGACCGCACCCCGAGACUGAGACAGCACCCCGAGAGCAGUACUGAACCUUCACUAUGAGAGAGUGUUUGUCUAUUCACGUCGGGCAGGCUGGAGUUCAGAUUGGCAAUGCAUGUUGGGAGCUGUAUUGCUUGGAACAUGGAAUUCAGCCUGAUGGGCAGAUGCCGAGUGACAAAACAAUUGGAGGGGGAGAUGAUUCCUUCAACACCUUCUUCAGUGAGACCGGAGCUGGGAAACAUGUCCCCCGAGCAGUCUUUGUGGACUUAGAGCCUACUGUGGUGGAUGAAGUGCGCACUGGGACAUAUCGCCAACUAUUUCAUCCUGAGCAGCUGAUCACUGGGAAGGAAGAUGCCGCCAAUAACUACGCUCGUGGUCAUUACACUAUUGGAAAGGAAAUAGUUGAUCUUGUUUUGGACCGUAUCCGAAAAUUGGCUGAUCAGUGCACAGGUCUACAGGGCUUCCUCAUUUUCCACAGCUUUGGUGGUGGUACUGGGUCUGGAUUUUCUUCUCUCCUGAUGGAAAGACUUUCUGUUGACUAUGGUAAAAAAUCGAAGCUGGAAUUUGCCAUCUACCCAGCCCCGCAAGUAUCAACAGCUGUAGUGGAGCCAUAUAACUCUAUCCUUACAACACACACAACUCUGGAGCAUUCCGAUUGUGCUUUUAUGGUGGACAAUGAAGCAACUUAUGAUAUUUGCCGCAGAAACCUGGACAUCGAGCGUCCGACAUACACCAAUUUAAAUCGUCUCAUAGGGCAGAUUGUGUCCUCCAUCACUGCCUCACUAAGAUUUGAUGGCGCAUUGAAUGUUGACCUCACAGAGUUUCAAACAAACCUUGUUCCAUACCCCCGUAUCCAUUUCCCACUUGUGACCUACGCCCCCGUUAUCUCUGCGGAGAAGGCUUAUCACGAGCAGCUGUCUGUAGCAGAAAUCACCAACGCAUGUUUUGAACCUGCAAACCAAAUGGUAAAAUGUGACCCUCGUCAUGGCAAGUACAUGGCCUGCUGCAUGUUGUACAGAGGAGAUGUGGUUCCAAAAGAUGUCAAUGCUGCCAUUGCUACCAUAAAGACCAAGAGAUCAAUUCAGUUUGUCGACUGGUGCCCAACAGGGUUCAAGGUGGGAAUCAACUACCAACCUCCUACUGUAGUUCCGGGAGGGGAUCUGGCCAAAGUACAACGUGCAGUUUGCAUGCUGAGUAACACAACUGCAAUUGCAGAAGCAUGGGCCAGGCUUGAUCACAAGUUUGACCUCAUGUAUGCCAAGCGUGCGUUUGUACACUGGUAUGUGGGCGAGGGAAUGGAGGAAGGAGAGUUCUCAGAGGCUCGGGAGGACUUGGCUGCAUUGGAGAAGGAUUACGAGGAGGUGGGAAUAGAUUCCUUAGAAGAGGAAGCUGAAGAAGGAUUGGCGUAUUGAAUUACUUUGAACAUAUUGUUUAGUGUUUGACUUUGUAAAGUGCAUCUGUCCUUUAAAUACUGCAAUGAGUCACAUUAAUCAGGGUAAAAAAUCCUCUGGGACCCUAAGAAUGCCUACUGCACAAAUGGGUUUGCUAAACAGCCAAUUCUAGUGCAUUGAAAAUUGAAAUGUAAAAUUCAGGCUAAAGUAGAUUUGCAGAAACUAUGGUAAAGUUGGAACAUUUUCCCCUAAAAUUUUCCAAUUCCAUCCAGUUCAGUGUUAAGUGAAUGAAAGCCUGAAUUUAUUCGAAUACUUGUAGAAUGUCCAUAACACAAUCUUCCCAUUUACAUAAAAAGUGCCAGUGGAAACAUUGAACCCUGACUUAAAGUGGCUCAGUCACCUCAACUUACCUUUCUCCUUUUGUUUUUUCUUCUCUUCCUCUUCCCGAAUCUGUUCUUCAUUUCUGGUCUAUUUCUCUUUAAAACAUAAAAUAAAGUAGGGAUUACUUUGUUAUAUGUAUAUUUCCUACACUUGACAAUCUGGUCAAGCUGACAAAUGAAAUGAAGCUGCCUUAAGCUCAUCCAUUUGUCAUGGUUGUCUAGAGUAGGAAAACUACAAACAAUGUAGUCUCUAAUUUAUCUUAUGUUUUAAAGCGAAAUAGAUCAGAAAUGAUGAAAAGAAUAACAGAUUCUGAAAGGGAAAAGAAGAAGAAACAGUAAGAAGAGGGUAAGUUUAAGGUGACAGAGGCACAAGUUCAGUUGUUUAGUUUGACCAGUUUUAUGAACAUUUUUAAAUGUUUAC